AUGAGUUCUCGUUAUGUGAAGGGCAUAGGUCGUUCUUGUCAGCAGAGUGAUGAAAUUACAAUUGAGCAUCAUUAUCGCUUUGAUAUAUUAUAUGAAGUUGUUAACACACAAGUGAUGGAGUUAAGUGAAAGAUUCUCCGAUAGAGCAGUAGAACUUCUAAGUCUUAGCUCUGCUUUGGAUCCAAAAGAUUCUUUCAAAUCAUUUAAAGUUGAUGACCUUUGCAUGCUUGCGAAGAAAUAUUAUCCCCAAGAUUUCAGUGAAAUGGAGAUUAAUUAUCAGCUGAGGCAUCAAUUGCAACAUUAUGAGCAUGAUAUGCGGUGUGAUCCUGAUUUUCAAAAUAUUACUACACUCUCAGGAUUAUGUCAAAAGUUAGUAAGUAAAGGAAAAUCCAGAAGGUAUCCUCUUAUUGAUAGGUUGAUUCGGCUCGUGUUGACUCCUGCAAGCACGGAACGAGCAUUUUCAGCAAUGAAACUCAUAAAAACAUCAUUACGCAACAAGAUGGGUGAUGAAAUGCUUGCUAAUAACAUGAUACUUUAUAUUGAAAAAGAAAUUACUUCCAGCCUCGACACAGAAGAAAUAGUAGAGGAGUUUGAUUCCAGGGCAAACAAAAUUCCUGGCUACGCCACUAAAUUUUUCUUAUUUGAUGCUUUAUGA